CAACGGAUUCCACUGCGAGUGGACUUUGGUGGUGUGCUCAAACCCCAAAUCCAAAAGGAAAAAUUGAAAUGGCCUAUUCUCUCUGCGCUGCUUCUGUAACUUUACCGCCGUCCCAAGAACUACAUCUACGGUUUCAACCUCAGAAACCCAGACCCAAACUCGCUGCCACAAGAAUCCGACCAAGUCCUUUCACUUUCUGUUUCAAGGUGAAAUUUGAAAGAAGGCUUAGUUUAUUUGGUGUGUUUGCCUCAAACUCUAAUCCUUCUAGUGGAGAUUCCAUCACAGAAGAAUCAGGUGCAACUAGAUCGGGUGAUACUGCUCAAGGCCCCCCAUUCCUCACCAUUUUAGCAGGAUUUCUAGUUUUUUUUCUUAUUUGUUGGAUGCUUGGAUCCAUUAUAAUGCGGUUGAUUGGUGUAAUUCUUAAGUUGCUCCCAAAAUAAAGGCAGCUGUUUCAACUAUCUUUUCAAAGUAACAUCAAACAAAUGAAUCUUUUAUAAAUUUGUUUGUCCAGACAUCUUUCUAUAGAAAUUUCAAGCAAAUGAAUGUUUUAUCGUGGGUGCUUAAUUUUGUGGGGAAAAUGAAUGAUAAUACACUACAAAUUCUGGCUUCAUAAAUCUGCCAAACCAGAACAACUAGCAGGCCAACUUAAGGAGUAAGCCGACCUGGGCUGUUGUUCUACAUGUAAGAAUGAAAAUCUGAGUGAUUAUUUCACACCAUGUGGUGAAUUGUGAUUGUAAAAGUACUUGUAUUCUCUUUCUUCGGUUCUCAUGACCAGACUUACGCUGUUUCAUUCUAUCAGCGUUAUGCUUAGAACGUAAAUCUGUUUCAUUGUAUCAUUUCCUUUU